AUGGCGUCGAGUCAGGGAGGUGUGGGAGCUGUAACGGCUCUUUCAAACCAUCACUUAUCCAACGGACCUCACUGGAACCCGGGGAUCAACCAGCAUCAGCUCCACACGGCCCGGAGUUUAGACCGCGCUCUGGAGGAUGCUGUGUGCUCAGGGACGUUGAAUCUUAGCGGGAGGAAGCUGAGAGACUACCCUGGACUGUGCUAUGAUCUUACUGAUACAACGCAGGCAGAUCUGUCGAAGAACAGGCUCACAGAGAUUCCCCCAGAGGUGUGUCUGUUCGCCCCCCUCGAGUCCCUCAACCUAUACCACAACUGCAUCAAAUGCAUCCCAGAAACCAUCAUCAACUUGCAGAUGCUGACCUAUCUCAACAUCAGCCGGAACCUUCUCUCAACAUUGCCAAAAUACCUGUUUAGCCUCCCCCUCAAAGUGCUGGUGGUGAGCAACAACAAGCUAGUGUCUAUCCCAGAGGAAAUUGGGAAGGCCAAAGAGCUGAUGGAGUUGGACAUCAGCUGUAAUGAGAUCCAGGUGCUGCCCCCUCAGGUGGGGAGGCUCCAGGCCUUACGGGAACUCAACAUCAGGAGGAACUGUCUUCACAUGCUGCCUGAGGAGUUGGCGGACCUGCCACUCACCAGACUAGACUUCUCCUGCAAUAAGAUCACAGAGAUCCCUCCUGUCUACAGGAGACUCAGGCAGCUGCAGCACAUCAUCCUCGACAACAACCCUAUGCAGUCCCCACCUGCACAGAUCUGCCUGAAGGGCAAGGUGCACAUCUUUAAGUACCUGAACAUCCAAGCAUGUAGGUUGAAUAAGAAGCCUGACUCUCUGGACCUCCCCUCCCUGGGCAAACGCUGCCUUCCCCAGCCUCUGACCGACAGCAUGGAGGAUUUUUACCCCAGUAAGAACCACGGUCCUGACUCUGGUAUCGGCAGUGACAAUGGGGAUAAAAGACUGUCUACGACGGAGCCUUCUGACGAUGACACCAUCAGCCUGCACUCUCAGGUCUCAGAGACGGCCCGCGCCGACGCGCUCUCUCUCCUCUCCAAGAUGGACUCAGGCAAAGAUCAGGAACCCUAUGACUUCAUCGAGCCCAACCCAGAGGAGGAUGCUGCCUUGUCAGAGGGGGACGGGCAGCAGAGUGGUGGACCCUACAUCUCCUGUAUAAAGGAAUUGGAGAAGGUUCUUAACAAGUCACACCAAAGCAAAGAUAAGGAAAGCUGGAAAGAAGAGUCUGGCUCUGAUAAAGAUCAGCUAGCUGAGGAGGAGGAAGAGGAGGAGGAGGAAGAGCUGAAGGAGGUGCUGGACCUGAGGAAGAUUGCCGUCCAGCUCCUGCAGCAGGAGCAACAGAACAGGUUCCUUAGUCACUCUGGCAGCUCCGGCAGCAAACAAAGGUCCCCCUCUCAGGCUAUCCGCAGUGCCUCUCUGGAUGAAGGCAGCAGUGGCACGGCUGUGCUGAGUGGGCAGCCAAGGGGGUUUUGUCCAUUAUUGCAUUGCCAUUUGGUUAAUACAGUGUCCAGUAUCUUGACCUGGUUCUCUCUCUCUCUGCAGCCCUCUUCAUGCUCCUACGAUGGCAGCCUGAAGUCCGAGUCAGACACGGAGCCAAAGUGGCCAGAGGUUCCACCUGUACUCAACCAGAACGAGGAGCGCAGGAGGAACAAGUAUCUGAGGAAAGAUUAUCUGAAGAACAAGUGCCAGAGUGCCCGACGAAACUCCAGUGGGAAUGACGAGUGUGAGGAGGUAUUGCGGAAUGCUGAUUUCAGCACCACCCUCACAGUGUUUGGCCUUAAACCAAGAUCAGCUUUUUGUCGAAGCAGCCGUCAGGAGCCGUCAGACCCCAGUUUCACCAUGAGGAGGAAGAUGGAACACCUAAAGGAGGAGAUGGAGCAGGUUGGCCUCCUACGGCAGAACCUGGAGUCCAGACUGAAGGUCUUGCUGCCGGACGAUGUGGGAGCUGCUCUGAUGGAUGGCGUUGUCUUGUGCCAUCUGGCCAAUCACAUUCGUCCUCGGUCGGUGGCCAGCAUCCAUGUACCCUCGCCCGCAGUGCCAAAGCUUAGCAUGGCCAAGUGCCGCAGGAAUGUGGAAAACUUCCUGGAUGCCUGUAAGAAGCUGGGUGUACCACAGGACAAGCUGUGUUUGCCCCACCACAUCCUAGAGGAGCGUGGGCUGGUGAAGGUGGGCAUGACCGUCCAGGCUCUACUGGAUCUGCCAGCCUCCAAGCCCACCCAGCUGUCUGCUGUCUAACAGCAGCCUGGACACUGCCUCCACCCUCCCUGUCCAGUCCAAUCAAGCCAUUCACCCCCCCAGCCCUACACCCCACAGAGGAGGGGGCUUCCAGCCCGCUCCGCUCAUCACCAGAGAACCCUUAGGGCCGAGGGCCCGGGGGGUUGCAGGGAGUCCAUUGUCAGCUGAUUGAGCCAGGAGAAGGAGGGGUUAAUUCAGAUCCUCUCACCCUUCCUAUAUGAUGUCAGCUGGGACCCGCCUCCCAUCCAUCAGAUUGUUAGCUUCUGUCAUGUCCUACCCUCAGGGGACCCUACUGUACUGUGUGUGUGUAGAGUACCAGUGUGACUGUCUGUGUGACCUGCGCAGUGUGGACUUUGAGUGCUGGUGAACCUAAAGCCAGGUCAGAGGUCAGACUAAGGAGGGAAUCGCAGUGAAGAUAAAGACCUGUCUGUCACCAUGGUGAUAUUGACUGACCCAUGAUCAGACACCAUUGAACCUAGUGGUGCCAACACUGAAGUCACUGGGUUUUCAACUCUCGGUAUUAAAAUACAUUGGUAGUGAAGUGAUAGCUGUUUUAAAGGCAUGUACUCACUCUUUCACUCAGAGAACUUAACUGCAUGCUGGCCCACCAGCCAUACCACAUAACUCAAGUGGUCCUUAACCUCUUUGACUUUUCUUUGUAGAACAAAUUAGCAUUCAAAUUGGAUUUUGAGUCAUAUUUGUACAAGAGCAUUGUGUUCUAUCACAGUAUACCUCUGUUUGAUAUCACAGAGGUAAAGUUUGGGAUGUCCUUAACAGUGCUUUACCUCAGAGGAGCCAGCAGUAGCUAAACCCCAGUGCACACACUUCUUACAGUUUGCAUUUGACUAGAAUUAUUGUACUGUCAAUAACAGUGCUAUUUGGGGGAAGAAUGCUAAGUUGACUUUUAAAAGCAUGGUGUCCAUGAUUCAGAUGGAGGUUAAAACUGCAGCACAUCCGGAUAGAGACUUUCUCACCUGCACAAGGUUGCUGAUGGUGUUGGUCUCAUGUCCAGUGACCCAUCUGUCUACUGCUCUGCUGUGGUGAAGGGAGGAUGCUCUGAGGUACUGCAGGUGGUUUUGAUAGCUCACCACACUGUACAGUAUAUGAGAGAGCUAUCCCACUGUCACAGGACCUUCUGUCAAAUGCAGACAUAAAGACAUAAGACUACUGUGACUGCAUGUAGUUUUGAUUCGAAUCACAUGUUCAUUCUGAAUAGGACUAGUUGAAAGCACAGGGGUAUGUAGUUGGGAGAUUGUACCAUAUACACUUACAAUCCUGAGAUUGUAUCUUUUGGUCGUUUGAUGCAAUGAAACAUUUAAAAUAAUAAUUAUGUUGAAAUAUUUCAUCUUUAAGUUUACAACUUGCUCCUCUGGUUGGAUUCACAUCUGCAAAAUGUCAAAUAAGGAAAACAAAAUAAGCAAUUAGGUGAUCCCAUAGAUUAAUCUUGACCAUUGAAAUAUUUUAUCAGGGAAACUAUUUAUCUAUUUAUUUUUUCUAUUUAUGUGCUUUGUUUGUUUGUGUUUCACCCCUGAUGACCCCCUUACGUUAUGUGACAGGAGUUUUCAGCUCCAAACUUAUGAUAUUGUCCUGCUUUAAUGCUGCAUUUGUAAAAAUACAAAUAGUGGGAAGUGGUCAUUUACCACCAUAGUUAGAUAGAGGACUCUAGCUUGUAAUAAACCUGUUUUGGCAUUGCCAUUGAGGGCAUCACCAUUUUUAAAGGAGUCAACUGGGUGGGACUUCCUGUGGGUGAAGGAAGGAUCACAUCAUUCCAUCCGGGUCAUCAGGAGGGAUCAGCCAAUAUUACUCAUGAGCAAACAUUCCAUAACUCUAGGUGGCAGUAAAUCGCCAUCCUUGGCUUUAUACCUGUUCAAACAACACACUUUAGAUGGCAGUAUGCACCCUUUCAGUUUCUCACAGAAGUAGUAGAUUAAGAAAAUUGACAACGGCCUCAAUGGCGCUGCCCGUGCUCUCACAGAGGCCAUAAUGGAACAUGUAUAAAGAUCUCUACCAUUCUCUAUGUUUACCACAUACGACUAGGAAAAAUACAUUUGAACAGCCCUCCAAUUGGUACUUACUAGUGGAAAACUUCGUCUCAUCCUUGAGUGGGAGGUAGGAAUUGACCAGUUGUGAAAUCGUAAGUACCAGUUGGAUGCAUUCACGUGCCUUGAUCUCGUUGAGAAACCCCCGAUUGGCUAAUAGCCAAAAACAAACAUUAACUAAAAGUAUAGCUAUCAGGUUUGUAAACAAAUUAUACUGUUUAAAAACCAUAUUAAUAUAUUAGCAUUUCGGUACGGUUUGUUCUUAGGUGUCUCAAAGUCCGAUUCAAUUACCCUCAAAUUGCAGGAAAUCUAAACCAUUGUUCCUGCUGCGAAUAGUUUCACUUAAAAGGAGUUUCAUUUGGUUUCCAUUUAGUAAUGAUGGUCCUAUAAUUGCAAAUAUCCAUUCCUAACUUCAAAUGUGCUUUUGUGUGGGAUGCAGGAACAAUGGUAUUUCAAAUCAAAUGUUAUUAGUUACAUGCACCGAAUACAACAUGUGUAGACCUACAGUGAAAUGCUUACUUACAAGCCCCUAACCAA